UUGUUGAAAAUUGAAAGAUGGUGUUCUCCCGUCCCCUGUCUUUACGAAUAGUAAAGUGUUUUUGUUUAAAUUCUUAGUUUUGGCGCGGUUUGUUCCUCAAGUAUUUUCCGGAAUAUAUUGUGUGCUUAAGCUACACUAGGUGGCGCAAGCUGCCACAUAUACACCAUUAACCAUCGGUUCAGCCAUCUAUCCACCCACAGCCUUCACCCACUUAUCGUUCCUUUGUUCUGUUUGGCGCGUUACUUGCGGUGGUGACGAAUGACGGUUGGCGAGUUUACCGAGUUGACGAGCCAAACGAAUGUCAGUAUUUUCGCGCCUAGCUGCUCGCGUGGCUUUAGCAGCGUUCGACAAUGCCGCCCGUGCGGUGUCUGGUCACCGUGCCUCACCUAAAGGCUGCCAGGUCUUUCAAGCUCGAGGAUGGAUCGGUAAACUCUUUGAAACAUGCGGUGGCUACGUGCCCCGUUCUUGGGAACUCCAUCAAACUGUCUUCUGUCAGGUUUCAGAUGCUGGAUUUGGUAUUUGAAGAAUACACUGACCUUGCUGCGGACGACGAAAUACAUGACAUGGCUAAAAUCACUCUCCUGCCCAUUGUAACUGUCCCAGAGGGUGGGCCAGGCUCAUCUUCCACUCAGGAGGAGGCUUCAUUGGAGACGGUGCGCACUGAAAACUGUGAAACCGCCCAAAGAGAGAGCUUGCCAGAUGAAACUUCUCCAGAUGACUCCUCUCCAGAUGUACCAUUGGUAGGCAUCGAGCCCUUUGAGCUGCCUUCGUGUUCAGACGACGAUGGGAACACCUUCAUUUUCCCCAAGCUUGGAGCUCUCCAUGAUACGAUCAUCUCUGGCAAACCUCUGACAUCUUCAUCAUUCCGAAAGAUUGUGGAGCUCCUCUUUCGUGCAAUGGUGAACAUAACAGUGUUCCCAUCUCAGCACUUUUACUCCAAGGUCACUCAGCUACUAACUGACAAGUACCCUCAGCUCCAACAUGUUAUAGGAACUGGAUCAGACUCGUGGAGAGUAGCACUGCGGUACAAGUUCAAAAAUGAAAGACGUCGCCUUUCAGACGACGUCCGGGUUGCUGAAAACCGUGCAAAAUUUGGAUCAAAAAGACCAAAUGAUGGAGGUGCAGCCACACAGCUGAAGCGGCAAAAAAAGAUUAAGCUGGUGAGGGGCAAUGUUUAAACUUUCCGGGAUAAACUUGGAAGAUCAAAAAUUGCUGAUGUGGUUCGGAUGCGGAUAUCGUGUCUGCAUAGUGGAUGAUCAAAUUGUUAUCUACGCAUGGUUUUCUUUCUACUCAUCAGUGUCUGCCUUAGAAAUCAACGAAACGCUUCCAUCAAUCAGAUAACGCGAAUCGGGAAAACUACAAUGGUUUAUCCCGUCUCCGCGAGUAGGUGGAAGCAUGAAAUGCUUUCGAGUGGAAAGGAUUCGGAAAGAUGAUGAUGGCAGGGAGCUCGAUUCAUUCCGAUUCGAUGGUUGGCACUCACUGGAAGCUCACCUGAGAUUGGAGCUCACCUGGAAGCUCUCAAGAUCCCAGGCGAGCUUCCAUUAAGUGUCAAUCAGUGAUUUGGAACCAGUGGAGC